CAAAUAUACUACUGGAAACUAUUGAGGUUGGAAAUGGAAAAUGGAAAGUGUAGUGUAAUUUUACUUGAAUUUUUCCAAGUACCUACCUAUUUUGAUAAUAAUCAUGAAAUUUAAUGAAAAUUUAACAAAAUGAGUGAAUUUGUCGAGUUAAACUUGCCAGAACACUGUGCAAGUGAAGAUAUGGCAAGGAUUAAUGAUAUAUUCUGCAUAUUUUGCCUAAGAAAAAAUGUACAGUUUAUUAACUUGAGUACCUGUGUACACGCUAAUGUACUGGAUAACUUGAUGGAUAUUAAGAUGCUGCAGUUAGACCACGUUCUUUGUUCUUGGUGUCAUAGCACAUUGGAAAAAAUGAAUGACUUCAAAAUACUAGUGUUAAAAAGCUUUAAUAUUCUGAGCAGUGGGUUGAAAUACAAUACGAGAAACUACCCACAAAAUCUUAGUUUUUCGAAAAUAGAACAGCAAUCCGCCAUCGACUCUCAGCCAAUAGAAUACAGGGCCAUAGAACAUACAAUCAAAAGCGAACCAUUUGAAACUGAUGUUGAAAUUAAAGUAGAGGAAGACGAACUUUCGGAUUUCGGAAACGAUAUACCAUUGGCACAGAUAAAUAAUACAGAGAUAAUAGUACAGAGUAGUACAAAAACAGAUGAAUCAUUACCACAGUCUACUAAAAAAAAUACUAGAAGCGAAAAAAUAGAGAGUUCACUAUCACCAAGUAAGAAAAAGCCAAAGAGUAAUAAAAAAACAGAGAGACAGUGGACGAAGAAAGACAGAUGCGAGGAUAAAGUAAAGAUAAUUGUUUUAUCCGAACAGGAAAUGUUAGAGGAUAGAAGAUUAAAUGCUUUAAAAAGCAGGUAUUUAAAAUUGCCUUACAAGUGUGAGAAAUGUAUCACAAGUUUCGACCAUGAAGUGCAUUUGAUUGAGCAUAUGAUGAAGAGACAUAAGAAGGAAGAAGGCAGCCAGGUUUGCAACAUUUGUGAAUCGGUUCUUAACACGAAGAUAUCGUUUGAGGAGCAUUAUAAACGCCAUUACAGGAGAUAUGAAUGUGUAAAGUGUGGCAUACGGGGCAACAAUGUAUAUUCAGUAUUGAAGCACUAUAAGGAGACCCACGGAAAGGUCGACUUGACUUUCGCUUGUCAUUUGUGCGAUUUCACCACUGAGUCCCAUCGACGUAUACGCUACCAUCGGGACAAACAUCGGUUUCCUGUAUUGUCGUGUCAUUUGUGUAGCAGCACAUUUGUGACCAAGACGGGGCAGCGCGUACACAUGUUGUCCGUCCACAAGGAGUCCAACCGCGUAUACUCAUGUGAGCCGUGCGGAAAAGUGUACCGCACAAAGACAGGCCUUUCCUCACACAUGGCGCUGAAACACUCGGAGGCGAAGCCCGCCUACUGCGUGACUUGCGAUCUGAACUUCAUCACAGAGUCGAGCCUCAGACAUCACUUGAAGACUGCUUCUCGGCACAUCUCUGAUAAGGAUAAGAAGUUUACAUGCAACGAGUGUGAUGCCAAGUUCCUUACAAAGAAACUAUUACAAGAGCAUAUAGACUGGGUACAUCUGAAAAAUACUAGUCAUACGUGCAACAAGUGUUCUAAGAUAUUCAAAAAUGAAAGGAAUUUGAAACGCCACCAUCUGUAUGUACACGACAAAAUACGUCCGCCGAGAAAUAAAAUGUGCGACCAUUGCGGUAGGGGCUUUCAUUCGUCAACGAUCCUUCUGGCUCAUAUCCGUACACACACCGGAGAGAGACCUCUGAAAUGUACGCACUGCGCCGCAACCUUCGCUCACAGCGCCGCUUUGUACAACCACAACAAGUUAUUACAUAACAAGAAGAAAUAAAUAGUAAAAUAAC